AACAAAUGUCUAACACCCAUCGAUCACCUGCAUAAAGAACAACCACAGUAAACAUUCCCCUCUUCCUAUUAACCUUACUAGGUCAUCAAAGUCAUGAGAUCUUCAAACCUAUGAGCCUUUGCCAUAGUGCAAUCAGGGUAGAGGCAUACAAAGUCCAGACUGGCCCCAUACAGUGUUACACCCACAAACAAUUCAGCCAAGCUUGGACCAACUGCAAGCAAUAUCCCUGUUGUAUGUUGUGUGGAGGCGGUCAUCUUCACAAGGAGUGCCUGGAAAAGGGCAGUACUGCAUUGAUGCCAACAUACUACAGCUGCAAGUUGGUGGAUGAAGAAGAACGACAUCCCACCCAUUAUCAAGGCUGCAAGCACGCCAAGAAAGAGAUUUGAAAGGACAGUUGCAGAAGGCUCCCAAAACUAAAUCGGGAAGGAUAUUCUCUUCCAACCAUCCCACCACAUGCUGUCCUUCUCAGCAGUGCUACACAGCAACAGCAGCAGCCUCAGCCACUCUCAGUUGCACAAGUCUGCCCCACCACAUGGCUGUCCUUCUCAGCAGUGCUACACAGCAACAGCAGCAGCCUCAGCCACUCUCAGUUGCACAAGUCUGCCCCACCACAUGGCUGUCCUCAGCAGUGCUACACAGCAACAGCAGCAGCCUCAGCCACUCUCAGUUGCACAAGUCUGCCCCACCACAUGGCUGUCCUUCUCAGCAGUGCUACACAGCAACAGCAGCAGCCUCAGCCACUCUCAGUUGCACAAGUCUGCCCCACCACAUGGCUGUCCUCAGCAGUGCUACACAGCAACAGCAGCAGCCUCAGCCACUCUCAGUUGCACAAGUCUGCCCCACCACAGUGGGAGAAAUAAGUUCCCCCUCUUGAGGCACAACCAGACUCCUAAUGUAAAUAGUAUGUCUCUGACUGACAUGUUCAAAGUGGUUGCAACGAUAUUUCAGCAGAUCAUGAUAGAGCUCAAUGGGGCUGAGUCAGAAGAAGACGGAAUAAUGGCCAUCCUAAAAUUUGUAUUAAAACUCAUGAAACAAAAUGGCUGCUAGUGUUCAUAGACAGUAAAUAUGACUGAGCUGGCAAGGUACAGCAUUUGUAAAUGACAGAACCAUCCUCUUGUCAGAGAGGGUGCCUGCCAGAUACCUGCAAUUGUCUGGCAGUAAAAAGAAUUUGGUCUUGGGCCCCAGAUGGGUGCUUGAAAGCAAAACAUGGCUGAAUCUAGAGUCUUGAGUCAAUCAGAAGAGUGGGAGUUUGGUGUGAGAUGGUUGCCAGCCUGGGAGUGAGUUGUGAGAUAGUCAUGUGCCAGUAAGAAUGUGAACAUGGAAGCAUAGGAAGCUAAGCAUUGAAGUCAUUACCAGGCAACAGCCAGUGAAGAUACAGCAGACUGAGAAGUCAUGGUGCGUGCUGUAGUAAUAUGUAGAGUGUGAAUUAAGGAUAGCAUUAUAGUUACUUGUAGUUACGAUCUGUAAGUGUUCAGCAAAUCAGAUUAGCAAUCCAAACCCUAUCUAUAGCCACUCAUACAUGAGACAGUAUUGUCACGUGUAAGGGGGUAUGCGUGACGGGUUCUGGUUAGGAUGAUUGGGUUUAUUAACAGCUUGGUUACACACUCUCUUAAUCACACUUAAAUGCAUGCAAUACAGCGGUAUCACUGAUUUACACACUUUCCAGUUCACCAUUGCACAUGCACAAGGAAUCUCUGUCACUACUAGUCGUUAUCUACCAGUGGAUCUCCACACAGAAACUGUCACUCAAAUCACUAUAAGUAUUACACCUAAGAUCUACCAAUUGCAUAUGCUAGUGGUUCUCAAACUGUGGGGCGCGACCCCCAGGGGGGGCGCAGCAUACUUUCCUACAGAUAAAAAUUA